AGUGUGUGCGGGAGAAGGUUCAGUUCAUGAGGACAGAUCAGGACAUCAGAGAGGGACACGGAAACAGAGAGACACCGGGACAACACCCGGACAACACCCGGAAGCACCGGGGAAACACCGGGGAAACACCGGGACACCACCGAGCAUCACCAUCCAGGAAGCUGAGUGUGGUUGUGUGUCAGUGUGAGUGUGUUAGUGUGAGUGUGUGAGUGUGAGUGUGUGUGUGAGUGAUUGAGGAGCUGCCAUCAAACCAAACUCCCUCUCAGGGCGAUGGGGGUUCCAUACGAGGGCCAGUCUUUCUCCGCUCUGAGGAGGCAGUGCCAGCAGAAUGGACGUCUGUUUGAAGAUCCUCUGUUUCCUGCGUCCGACCAGUCUCUGUUCUACCAGACCAACCGCAUCGGCCAAGUCACCUGGAAGAGGCCCAAGGAGUUAUGCAGCGACCCUCAUCUGUUCGUGGACGGCAUCAGCGCCCACGACCUGCACCAAGGUCAGCUGGGAAACUGCUGGUUCGUGGCCGCCUGCUCCAGCCUGGCCUUCAGAGAGUCGCUGUGGCAGAAGGUGAUCCCGAGCUGGAAGGACCAGGAGUGGGAUAAAGACAAACCGGAGUCGUAUGCCGGGAUCUUCCACUUCCAGUUCUGGCGGUUCGGUGAGUGGGUGGACGUGGUGAUCGACGACCGGCUGCCCACGGCGAGCGGCGAGCUGGUGUACUGUCACUCCAACGACAGCAACGAGUUCUGGAGCGCGCUGGUGGAGAAGGCCUACGCCAAGAUGUGCGGGUGUUACGAGGCGCUGGACGGGGGCAACACGGCCGACGCCCUCGUGGAUUUCACCGGCGGCGUGUCGGAGCCACACGACUUGAUAAAGAACGGAUACAAAGAGGACGAAGAGAAACGCAACGAGCUGUUCGAGCGAGUCCUGAAGGUCCACGACCGAGGAGGCCUCCUCAGCUGCUCCAUCCGGGCCGACAGCGCCUCGGACAUGGAGGCGCGGCUGGCGUGCGGCCUGGUGAAGGGUCACGCCUACGCUGUGACAGACGUCCGCAGGGUGAGGCUGGGUCACGGCCUUCUGGCCUUCUUCAGGUCGGACAAACUCACCAUGAUCCGCAUGAGGAACCCGUGGGGCCAGAGGGAGUGGAACGGGCCCUGGAGCGACAGCUCUGAGGAGUGGCAGAAGGUCAGUACCAGCGAGCGGGAGAAGAUCGGCGUCACGGUGCAGGACGAUGGAGAGUUCUGGAUGACAUUUGAUGAUUUUGUCGAUAACUUCACGGACCUCAUCCUCUGUCGCCUCAUCAACACGUCCUACCUGAGCUUCCACAAGACCUGGGAGGAGGCUGUGGUGCAGGGCUCCUGGCGUCGCCACGACGACCCCCUUCUCAACCGAGCGGGGGGCUGCACCAACAACAAGACCUCCUUCCUCCAAAACCCACAGUACGUGUUCGACGUGAAGAAGCCAGAGGACGAGGUUCUGAUCUGUCUGCAGCAGAAAGAUCAAAGAGCCCGACUGAGGGAGGGCCGAGGAGAGAACCUGGCCAUGGGCUUCGAAAUACACAGGGUGGAGAUGAACCGGACGUAUCGGAUGCACGUCACGCAGCAGAAGGUCGGGGGGAGCACCUACAUCAACUCCAGGUCUGUGUUCCUGCGCUUCGAGCUGCCGGAGGGACGCUACGUCAUCCUACCCACGACCUUUGACCCCGACCUGGAGGGAGACUACCUGCUCCGCAUCUUCACCGACGUGUCCGCAGACUGCAAGGAGUUGACCCAACACGUUCCUCCUCAGACCUGCUGGUCCGGGAUGUGUGGUUAUCCCUCUCUGGUCACGCAGGUCCACGUGCUGCAGGCCGACGGGGUCGCAGGACAAGACGCUGGUGGAGUGUCCGACCCCUAUGUGAUCAUUCGCUGUGAGGGAGAGAAGGUUCGCUCUCCGGUCUUUAAGAACACACGCAGCCCAGUCUUCAACACCAAGGGGCUGUUCUACAGGAAGAAAGCCAACCAGCCGAUCAGCAUCGAGAUCUACAACCACAACGCGCUGAUGGACUCGUUCCUGGGUCAGGUGACGCUGCGGACGGAUCAAGGUGACUUCCAGCAGACGCUCCACCUGCAGGACAAGGGCAAUCGCCGUGACAACGACCUCCCCGGUACCCUCACUGUCGCCAUAGUGACCAGCACGGUGCUCACCAACAUCUGAGACAGUUCCGCCAAACUGACGCAGCUGAUUCAGAAACGUUUACAUCUUAACAUGACAGAAGAAGUUUACUUUUUUGAAGGAUUUUGACUUUAAUGAAAGCGACACAUCCAGCAGGAGAAAUGUGAGACGUAAACAACCACAUGGGACUUUUUGUUUUAGCUUCAUGCCAAAGAAUGUGUGUUUACAACUUUAUUUACGAGCCUGUUGUGGUUGAACGUCCAGGCCACACUGACCGACUGGUGUCUGCGUCACGUGAGCCGAGCUUCAUGUGGGUCACAGCCAAAGAGACGAGACAAAACCAUCUUUCACCACACUUUCAAUAUCUUAUCUGUAGAAACAUAAAUAUUUGCAACACUCUCUAGCUGUUUCAAAGUAAAAGCCUUUCUGUUGACUGAACCAAAGAGUACACAGACUUAGAUUGAGUCGCUCAGCAGAUCAACGACACACCCAGACGCACCCAGUGUGGCCCAGGUCUUAAUAUCCUGUUUACAUUGUUUUCUUCUGAUCGGAUCUCAUCUUAUCUUCUUCAGCAGCUACUGAGUGGAAUUUGUAUUCUACUCUUUAGUCUGUUUGAUCUUUUUUUUAUCUUUUAUUUUAAUUUUAUUGUCUCUAAAUCAUAUAACUGUCUUUUUAUAAUGUUUCUUCUAUCCUUGUCUUUUAUAUUGACAGAAGCUUUACAUGUGAACUUUCCUUGUAAACACAGAAAUCUUCCAAUGUGGCAUCAGCUUGAUUAGAAGCACUCAGUUAGCAGGUUAAUAGCAAACAGCUGAACCUGAUGCAGUUAUAAUCACUAAUGCACAAUAUGUUAGUUAACUGUUCCUUAAAGAUGUGGAUCAUCUCCAUGGUCACUCCGGAGGCUGAAGUUCGGGAUGCAGAGGUGUUUGUGUCAUUUGUAUCAGAUUCAUCCACCCAUCCAUUUAUCCGUUGCUAUCUACGUUAUGUUUAAUGAAUAAUUCAUGAUAUUAUUUGUAGUGUAGAGUCGGAAAAAUGUGAUAUUAAUGUCAAUUAUUUCAUGUUACAUGGUAAAUAAUUAUUUUACCUUGCCAUAUCUUUCCUACUGGCUUUCAUUUCUUUCAUACUGCGACAGGUGUCAUGGU